AUGACAUCUAUGAAACCUAUCCUUUCUUCUGCCGGCGGUGUCAAGCCCUGGAUACAAAAGUUCACCAACAAUCCGCGCGACUCAUUUUUCGACCAGUUCGUCGAUUCGAACGAUGCAAGAUUUGUCGAAAUAACUGAAGGCCCUCAUGAGAGUGAGAUCAAAUACAGCGAGGUUCCCCUCGACUCGAACAACCCCAAAUCUGCGCCAUAUGUCUCCAAAGUAUUCGAGCUCCCACAACAAGAUGGCUCAAAGGGCGUUCUUAGAUUAAUAAUCUUACCUUUCAACACUGAAAACGACAAUGCACCGCCUCUGUCGUGGAAAGGAUUCAGGGAGCACCUAGACCUACUGCACCUAGAAAACACUUUUGUCAGCACUGAACAGAUGCAAACGCCCCCCACCUGGUUUGAAGUUCCGUUGCAGGCAGGCCUAAAAGGCUUUGUUGUCAAACCUGAAAGAUGGGACUCCAACCUCGCCAACUUCAGUAUAUCUGUUGUCCACUCCCCAGCCUCAAGAGUUACGCACGUCGUAGCUCACAUGUUGCACAAGACUGACAUCAAACACCUUCUGCUUCGACUACAGACUCUGAAGGCCCUUGCAUGGCACCCACUUCUUGUUCCACUCAUCCUGAUGGAGCAGAGGAUAGCAGGCACUGCAGAGAAACUCACCCUCAUGAGGGAUUCUAUUUACUCAGUAGAGAAGCGAACUGGAACUCACAAGAACUACCGUAAUGAUAAAUACCACGAGGAACUCAACCACUAUGCUUAUGGCGACAGGGUUUGGGAGCGGCGCCAUGAGCAGGACGUUGACUUUGAUGCUGCUCCGGGAAAGAUAACUUCUAUUACUUCAGAGUGCGCCAUGACUGAGGCCAAAUGCGAGGUCAACGAGAGCUUACUCGAUUGGCUACAGGGGCUGAAUGACAGUCUUGGCGAACUCAACACUGAUGGUGGUUCUUGGGAAAGAGCAACGUCCUCGAUCAGCAUGAAGAUAUCAGCCUUCAAAACAUGGUCUGGUAAUAAUCGAGCCCGAAGUAUCUAUCUCGCCAAGCGAGCAGAGGCGCAAAUGCAAGCGUGUCUCAAUCUCAUGGCACAGCGCGAUAGUGCUUUAAACCUGAAAAAGACCGAAGCAGCACUGCGAGAUAGCUCCGACAUGAGAGCGAUAGCAUGGGUCACCCUCGCAUUUCUGCCAGCGACGUUUGUGGCGAUUCCCUACGUGAAAGGCCUUCCGGUCCGUAAAGAGAUAUCGUCUCUUGCCAAUUCAGACGACCCAAAGGAUAGGAGACAGUGGACGCUAUUUGUGCUAGCCUUGGAACGCUUCAAGUCGAUGCCUGUCGAUGACAGGCUCUCCUACUUCCAGAUUGCCGGAAUCCACGGAUAUCCAGAGGUUGCUUGGGAUGGAGCGCCGGAACCAAAACAUGCCCCAGAUAAGAAGACUAAACAGGCUGGUGAUCAGCCAUUCGGUGGAUACUGUAACCACAACAGCCUGAACUUCCCUACAUGGCAUCGACCUUAUAUGCUUCUCUUCGAGCAACGGAUAUGGGAGAAUAUGAAGUUAAUAGUCAGCCACUGGGUGGAUAAUUGCGGAUUACCGGCCUCAGAAGCAGACAAGUGGUACAAAGCAGCAAGGCAUUGGCGAAUGCCAUACUGGGACUGGGCUAGGCGACAAAGGUACCAUGAAGACUUGGUUUGCCCACCAGUACUUACCCAAGGAGCCGUCCGGAUCUUUCCACCUACCACGAUAAAGACCCGAUUUCCGCCAAGCGGUCUCUAUCCCAACCCGUUGUUAGGUUUCGAGAAUCCAGAAAAGGACCCAGAGACUGGAAGUGCGUUACCAUUCGGCAGCAUGCCCGGGGGAAAGUCGAAAUGGAAUAUCAAGGACAAUCCAAUAGUGCAUGACGAACUCCCGCUCAACAAGGAUUGCGAUUGGGCUCCAUGGAGCAAAACGUCUAGUACCAGCCGAUAUGGGAUAUUCAGAUCGAAAGAUAUCUCUGAGGAAGAGACGGAUCCCGCCAAUUAUUUUACCGGCUUACAUGGAGUAAGGAACUGUUGGCAAGCAAACGUGAACCUCGCGACGGCUCAUGAAAAUGGUCCGGAUGGCAAGCCUAGGUGGAGUACAAUGGAGCAACACUCCAAGGACUAUACAUGGAACCCUGGGAGUCUUUCAGAUGCAGUCAAUCGGAUGUUCGCCAAGGGCUACAACUCGAACUGGGGACAGUUUGCUUCGACGAAGUGGAUUGCUGAAGACCAAGGAUGUCCAAAGACGGGAUAUAUAUCUCUGGAGUAUAUCCACAACAAUAUUCACAACUUGACAGGAGGAAGUGACUAUGCGACUGGCAUGGGACACAUGAGCGAUGUGCCAGUAGCAGCGUUUGAUCCCAUCUUCUGGCUUCAUCACGUGCAGAUAGAUCGCUUGCUAGCGAUAUGGCAAUGCCUCAACCCAAAGCUAUGGUUUGAUAACGAACAAAGCGCGGGCACGGCUGCUGCUUCAAGUGUCACUGACGAUAAAGAGACAGAUGCUCUUGAACCGUUUCACAGGAAGGACAACGACCCCGAAAAAGAAACCUGGACUGCGCGAGCGUGUCGAGAUUGGACAGAGUUGAACUACCAGUAUGAUGACCUUGCAGAGGUAGCUGAAAGAACGAUGCGAAAGCAUGGCCGAUUCAUACCGGAGGAGUUCCAAACAGAGCUUCGAUCACAUAUCAACACGAUCUAUCCAGGCACAGGACACGUUGUUGGAUCGAUGAAAAAUUCUCACGCCAUUCCUUACGAUCUUCGAACAUGUCAGGGCCAGACGGGAUGUUGGAAGGACCACAUCAUCAACGUGGUAUACGACAGAUACGCCCUAGGCGGUCUGUCCUACACAAUACAAUUCUUUAUAGGUGGACCACCGAGCGAAGGCACGACGAGUGUCAAAAAGGACAACUACGUCGGCCAUGUAUAUUCCUUCGGUGGUAGACAGAUCACAUCCGAAGGCUCUUGCGGGAACUGCAAGAUACAAGCCGAAGCACAGGUCCUCUCAUGCGCUCAGGUCCCGUUGACGAUCCAUCUUCUUCACCAUAACAUUUCCGGUCACUCCAUUAAGAGCUCUGAUGAGAUUGGAGAGUAUUUGAGACUCAAUCUUCGAUGGCGUAUCGUAAAAUAUGGCGGUGAAGUUAUCUCUGAAGAAGGAUUCAGGCAGAACUUCUCAAAGCUCCAAAUAUCUGUGUUGCGAGGUAUUGGUCGAAUCAAGCCGGAGAAUGCACAAAGUGCAGGUUCAGUCUGUUCUUUGUACAGCGACUAUGUGCCAUUGCCAGAGAUCACUGAUGGGAAACCCGGUGGCUUGCAGCGCGACAAAGCCCCCGAGAACGGCGAGCCAUUGAUUUCGCAGAACGAGAGCGCUGUGCAACCACUGCCUCUGAAGCUCACAAAGUCAACGUAA